CUGCCUCGUGCCAGGUUGGCUGGAAGAAUAAGAGCCGAGUGAAGGAAACAUCAGGGAAGGGGUAUCACCCAAAUAACCACCCAUUUUCCAUCUAUACCAUCAUGGCGGACCCGGAGACACAAACACAGCCUGAAGAACAACCCAAGGCACCUGUUAAAGAAAAAGAAGUCCUUGCCACCAAGGUAACCGGCACUGUUAAAUGGUUCAACGUUAAGAGUGGCUAUGGCUUCAUCAACCGGCAUGACACAAAGGAGGAUGUAUUUGUCCACCAGUCAGCAAUCAUCAAAAAUAAUCCAAGGAAAUAUGUGCGGUCAGUAGGUGACGGCGAAGAAGUGGAGUUUGACGUCGUAGUUGGUGAAAAAGGCAAUGAGGCUGCCAAUGUUACUGGUCCUGGUGGAGAGGCAGUUAAGGGGUCGCCUUUUGCUCAUGACCGUGAUGUUCCCCUGCAGGGGUCGCCCUACGCAGCAGAUCGUCGCCGUGGCUACCGCCGCAGAUACUACCGCCGUGCUCUACCAGGCGAGGAGGGAGAGAUGGAGGAGGAGGGAGGAGAUUUUCCACCACCGAUGAGGGGUCGUGGCCGAGGUGGAUUCCGUGGCCGUGGACCUCGUAGGUUCUACCGUGGUCGCUUCUUUGGGCGUGGACGUGGCCGUGGGGCAGGACGUGGUGGCUUUUAUCAAAGCUACAAUGAUUAUGAGGGAGGGGAAGUAACUGAAGGUGAGGGCAUGCAGAUUAGGGGACGUGGAAGAGGCCGUGGACGUGGAAGGGGUAGGGGUGGUCGUGGUCCACGUGGCUACUUCCGGCGCUAUUAUGGUGGCUCCCGUCCCCAAUAUGGAGAAAUGAUGGCAACCCCAGAUGAUGUUCCUCGUCGCAGAUUCCGCCGUGGAGGUCGUGGACGUGUACGUGGUGGCAGAUACAGUGGCACCCCUGAAACGAGGACAUCGGAAACGCAGACACAGGUAGCGGCUGAGGGACAGAAGCCUGAAGUGUCAGCAGAAGAACCAAAAGAAAUUGCUGAAGCUGAAGGAGAGCAGCAUGAGGCUCAAACUGAAGUGGUGGGAGAAGGUCAGCAGUCUGGACAGGAAAACCAAGCUGCUGCUGCUGCUACAUCCCAACCUCAGCAGCCAGUAGAAAAUACAACUGCUGAAAGUUCUGCGUAAAUCUACACCCUCUCCUUCCCUCAAGUCAUGCCACCAAAGCUAAGAAGUCCUAUUUUAGAAGUAGCUAUAAUCAUAUUGUGCACUUGCUUCGUGUUCAGCAGUAGGAUUAAAGCUACUUUAGAGAUGGGUCUAAAUGUAAGGGUAGGUAGGGCUGCUGUUGAGCCACGCCCCAGCCCCAAACUGCCCAUCAGGAGCCUUACCUACUGCCCGGGACCCCCAGCGGCAAACAAACCACCGAGACGGAAGAAAGGGACAGAGUAAUGCAGAGUAGUGGCUAUAACAAACAUGCUGCUGCUCCCGGUUACCAGAAAGUCGGCUCUAACCACACAAUGAAGGAAAUACUCGCGUGUCCUCACUCCGGGUCCGGUAAUGAAGAGGUCACACUUUGUAGAAAGAACAGACAAACCCACGGUCAAGGGUUGGAGUCACCGAAAUGAUGGCCCUUUCUUUGUCACGCAACACCACUGAUGACGCCAUGCAACAAAUACUAAGACACAUUUUAGUCUGUGGGUGGGGAAUGAAGUACAGUUAACAUAAAAUUCCAGUAAGACUACAAUGGGUGGUAAAAAAAAAAAAAUAUUAAGACAGCUGAUUCCUCAUGAAAUAUUUUUUGGUUCCAUGUCCAUGGUGCUGAGGUGUGUUUGUUGCUGGUUGGGUUCCACCAAAAAAAGUGUAAAAUCACAAGAAUUAAACCUCAUGCACAUGUUUAAUCAUGAACUCACCCCCUUGGUAGGCCCUGUGACAAGCCUAGGAUGCUGCAACUUUUGGAUUGUGCAGGUUUCACUUUUUUUUUUUUUUCCAUUGGCAUUGGUCUAGACAUACCAGAAGAAUAGGUAUUCUUGUCUGUACUGUUAGUGUCCUAAGGUCAACGUUAGGGGUGCAUAAGAUGAAUUUUAACAAAUGGUUUUAAAGUUUCGACUACCAGCUGCAAAUAGCUAGGUACAGGCAAUAGUGAAUGGAAGUUUAGUUUUCUUGUUUUGUCAUUGUCAUUGAAUAUUUAAACAUUGGCAGUUAUUUUUGAAAGACCCUAUUUUGACACUUUUUCUACAUAAAUUUUGUAGGAAAUUAUUGUGCCACAAAACAUGUGCAUUUGCAAUAAACCAAUAAAAUCCAUAAAAAUG